UAUUUGAUCCAUUUCUCUUAUAGAGUACUCAAUAGAUUCUAAUUGAUUCAUUACUUGGGCAUGGUCUAACCUCUAAUUUAUGACAUGUUGAAGACCAGAUCCAAGUGAUCUACUGAUCCUUUAAGGAGAAAGAAAAUGGUAGAGGAAAACAAAGUGACAUUUCAUGGAAAUGUUGAUCGAGCAAAGCGUAUGUAAUAACCUUAGAAACAUGGAAUCAAACUCCUAAACUGUUGCCUGAUGAUGCCAAUUCAUCACUUUUUAGUAACCACAAAACCAGCUCUCAUGUCCUAAACUAACAAAACAACGGUAAUGAGCACCUCCCAUGCUCUGUACCUCUCCCUAUUAAACAGUUGCAAGAAUCUAACUUCACUCCACCAAUUCCACGCAAACUUACUCAAAACCGGCCUCCAUGCAGACCCUUUACUCAUAGGCAAACUACUGCUUCACUCCACAAUCACACUCUCCGGUUCUCUCCACUACGCUCUAACCCUCUUCCGCCACACUCCAAACCCAGAUGUUUUCAUGUACAACACUAUUAUCCGUGGCCUUGCUGAGUCUGACAGUCCCCAUAAAUCAAUUGCUAAGUUUAUUGAAAUGAAAAAGAUACCAUCUUUAUCCCCUGAUAGCUUCUCUUUCGCCUUUUGUCUUAAGGCGGCCGCGAAUUUACGGUCUUUGAGAGAUGGGGUUCAGCUGCAUUGUCAAGUUUGGAAGCAUGGGAUGAAUACCCAUCUUUAUGUUGAGACUACUUUGAUUAGUAUGUAUGGAGAAUGUGAGUGUGUUUGUGAGGCGAUGAAGGUGUUCGAUGAAAUGCCUGACAGAAAUGUUGUUGCGUGGAAUGCGGUGAUUACUGCUUGUUUUAGAGGUGGGGAUUUGAAGGAAGCUAGGGAGUUGUUUGAUUUGAUGGAAUUUCGGGAUUUGACUUCGUGGAAUGUGAUGCUGGCGGGGUUUGUGAAAAGCGGGGAGUUAGAGAUGGCGAGGGGAAUGUUCGUGGAAAUGGCGGAGAAAGAUGAUGUUUCUUGGAGUACUAUGAUUGUUGGGUUUGCUCAUAAUGGAUGUUUUGAUGAGGUGUUUGGGUAUUUCAGAGAGUUGCUGAGGGAGGGGAUUAGACCCAAUGAAGUGAGCUUGACUGGGGUUCUUUCAGCGUGUGCGCAGGCAGGGGCGUUUGAUUUCGGGACAAUAUUACAUGGUUUUGUCGAGAAAGCUGGUCUUAGUUGGAUUCUGUCUGUGAAUAAUGCAUUACUGGAUGCUUACUCAAAGUGUGGCAAUCUAGGUAUGGCCAAAUUGGUGUUUAAACGUAUGCCUGGUGAAAAGAGCAUUGUUUCUUGGACUUCAAUGAUGGCUGGUCUUGCAAUGCAUGGUCUUGGUGAAGAAGUAAUAAAGCUUUUCCAUGAGAUGGAAGAGUCUGGGACUAGGCCCGAUGAGCUCACUUUUAUAAUGAUUUUAUACGCUUGUAGUCAUGCUGGAUUGGUUGACCUAGGAUGUGAAUUUUUUAAAAAGAUGAGGGAUGUGUACAAUAUAAAACCAGCCAUUGAGCAUUAUGGUUGCAUGGUUGAUCUAUACGGUCGAUGUGGUCAGCUGCAGAAGGCCUAUGAAUUCGUAUCUCAAAUGCCAGUUCCACCUAAUGAUAUUAUUUGGCGGACACUCCUCGGAGCUUGUAGCAUUCAUGGUAAUGUCAAGUUGGCCGAGCUGGUGAAGGGAAAACUUCUUGAGCUUGACCCAAACAACUCAAGUGACCUUGUAUUACUUUCAAAUAUUUAUGCAGUUGCAGGAAAAUGGAAGAAUGUUGAUGAUGUGAGACGAUCAAUGAGUGACCAAAGAAUUAAGAAAACGCCCGGUUGGAGCAUGAUUGAAGUUGACAAGAUCAUGUACAAAUUCGUCGCUGGCACGAAACAAGAUAAGAUCACUGAAGAAGCAUAUGAGAAGCUAAAAGAGAUCAUUUCAAGGCUUAGAGUAGAAAGAAAUUAUGUUCCAGAAGUUGGGAGUGUUUUGCAUGAUAUAGAAGAGGAAGAAAAAGAAGAUUCUGUGUCUAUGCACAGUGAAAAACUUGCUAUUGCUUUUGGAAUAGCAAGAUUGUGCAAAGGAAAAACCAUAAGAAUAGUUAAAAAUUUAAGGGUUUGCAAAGACUGUCAUACAGUGAUGAAACUGAUUUCUCAAGUUUACAACCUGGAGAUUGUGGUAAGAGAUAGAAGCCGUUUUCAUUCUUUCAGGAAUGGCUCUUGUUCAUGCAGAGAUUAUUGGUAAGUGUUGAUU